AUGUCUGCUCAAGAAAGCCAUACCGACACCCACACCGGAAACUGUCUAUGCGGGGGCGUCAACUUCACAGUUCAAGGCCCGCCAAACACCGUGUACUGCUGCUACUGCAAAGACUGCAGCUUAGGCGCCGGUGGACCCUGUCAGAUAACAGCGAGUUACUUUUCAUCCGAGUUCACACUCCACGAUCCGGAUGGCCUAGUCGCCAGAUACGAAAUCACUACUGGGACUGCUAGUGGAAAGCCAAAGGAUAAGUACUUUUGCAGGCGCUGUGGGUGUACUCUAUUCACAAUUCCGUUUACUGCGGGUGCGAAGGAGAUUGUGGUACGGCCGGCUUUGAUGACGCAGAGGUUAACAUACAUCCUGGGCAUCGUAUUAACUGGGGAUGGCAGGUUACACAUAUUCAAACCGUCUAUUGAAUGUUUUACGGAGCGACGACCGGGGUAUUUCUCUGCUUGUGAGGGUGCUAUUCAGUAUCAGUCUUGA